AUGCGGCGACAGCUAAAUGAGCAGAGUUUUGGUGCCUUUGAUGAGCUCAAGGAGGAUUACUUUGCCAAGGUUGUAGAGCAGCCAGUUCGGAAGUUACUGGAUGUUGAUUCCAUGUCAGCUGCUCUUGACAGACUGUUGGAGGAGUUGCCUCCUGGAUUGAUCGAAAGCUUAUCAUCCAUCUUCCUGAGGACCGGUCAUGCCCUCACUACACACAAGACCAUUGCAGAUGCUGCCCCAACAAUAUUGGAGUUAGUAUCACCGGAAUGUAGAGGACCUAUCUCCAGAAAGGUUGAAGCAGUACAAGAGAGAGUUCAGGAUAUAGUGAACAGAAUGCUUGAUACUCUAACAAAUGUGAUCUCAUGCGGCGCUCUGCCAGAAACUGAAGGAAGUGACAUUCACCCUGUUACCAGAGCUGUUGCAAAAGGCAUAGGGUUGUUGUUUCAGCACAGAGUGACACUUAAUUUAAUUCUUGAUCGCAACCGUUGUCAAGAACUUGAUGGUAUACAGAGCAUAAAGUCGUUUCCUUGCUUGAUAUCCAAUCUGACUAUGCAUCUGGAACGUGUUCCGGAGCAGAACAGCAAGCUCCUGGUGCACAAAGAGUUGCAAUACAUAUUCUUGAUGAACAAUUUGCAGUUCAUUCUACAGCAAGCUGAGAACUCAGGGUUGAAAGAGCCUACUGGAUAUGACUGGGUGGUGCGGUACCAGAAGCAAAUUGAGCAUAACCUGGAGGAAUACAUUCAGACCUCCUGGGCUCCUGUAUCCUCUCACGUGGCAGAUAAGAGUGCAAAGCAAUUCAGUUUCUGGAAGCCUUCGUGUGUGCAACAGUUCACCACAGCCUUCCAAUCAGUUUAUGAUAUUCAGAGGCAUUGGAAGGUCCCAGAUCCGCAUCUUCGGGAAAAGCUGAGAGCAUCUAUAUCAAAGAAAAUAGUUCCCUCAUACUCUGAGUACCUGAAUAAACAUCGAAAGGAUAGCAGGUCAAUACAGAUGACGGCAAAAGAUUUGGAGGAUUUGCUGGCAGAACUGUUUGAAGGAUGA